AUGAUAUCAACUGAAAAGGGCAUCGCAUAUGCAGAAAUUGUGGCAUAUGCCAUCGCAUUACCAAUCGCUAUCUUCGUGAUCUUCUCUCAAGGAUUCAAGAAGAAGCUUGGAUGGGUAUACCUUGGAUUAUUCUCCACCAUCCGAAUCGCCGGUGCAAUAUAUCAGAUUCGAAGCAUACAUAACCCAGAGAAUACCAGUGACACGGAAUGGUCGAUUAUUCUGCAGUCUGUGGGCAUAUCACCUUUAUUUAUGGCUACAUUUGGAUUGCUUUCCAGGACUACGGACUUGAUCUCUGGUUAUGCGAGAGCUGACACUUACGAAAUGCAGAAUGGAGGGGACUACAAGGCCAGCCGUACAAAAUCCAGCUCUUCACGAAGUUGUUUCAUCUUAUUGAUGCACAUUCCCACGAUGAUUGCUUUGGCGCUCUGCAUUGUUGGUGGGAUCCGAGAAUUCAGUGAUAGUUCUUCCAAGAUCUCCUCCGGCAAAACCCUCACCAAGAUAGGAAUCGCCAUCUACGUAGUGGUGUACAUUGUCCAAAUUUUUCUGGUCAUCAUUACAUUCAAGGAUUACUACAAAGUUCCCGCUGGAAACGCCCGAGUAUUUUGGGCCGUCGUUCUCGCCAAUCCUUUCUUGGCCGUGAGGUUGUUCUACAGUGUUAUGUCCGCUUUCACUUCUAUCAAGUCGUUCUCAAUUCUUGACGGGUCACCAUUGGUGAGGCUGUUUGUAGCUAUCAUCGAAGAAUUUGUCGUAGUCAUUUUGUAUUUACUUGCGGGUGUAACGGCGCCCAGGCUUGACAGAUGA